ACCUUCUGCUCCUACCUACCCGGAUGGAUGUCCUACCGACCGAGCUCAUCGACGCUGUCCUGGAACUUAUCUAUUACGAGAGGGGCGUGCCGGAUAACAUCACUCUCCGUGCAUGUGCACUGUUAUCCCGUUCGUGGCGCGAGCCCGCACAGCGACUGCUCUUCCGACAUGUCACCAUACGCGGCAUGCAUAGCGGACGGGAACACAAGUCGUUCCUUGGGGCCACAGAUCCGGCAACGGAGCAUGGGCGAACGCUAGCGGAACAUGUACGCAUACUAGAGCUAUUUGUCGGGGACAAAGCCGGCCUCGACCUGGACGACGAAGACCUCGCGGACAUCCUCAGCCAUACACCUAGGCUGUACGAGCUUGUCUUACGGGCGACAGGGAUACACCAGCUCGGAAUGGGGACGAUGGAUAAGCUUCGAGCCCUCGCCAGCCCCCGGAUGACCUCUGUUGACCAUGACCCUCCCCGCCCGCCUUUACGCAUCCGAGCACUCAGCCUGCUCUCCUGCGGAAUCCAGAGCCCGAUCCUCUACCAGCUCCUCUCCAUCUGGCCCGGCAUCGAGUUCCUUUUCAUAGGCGUCGAGAUCGCCGCGCCCCCGCCCAAGUGGCCCGCAACCUUCGAGCUGUACCAGCUUACGCUCAUGCGCACGCCGCGCCUCUACAUCCUCUCCUGGCUCCUCUCCGCGAGCAAGCACAGCUUGCGGAUCGUUUCCUUCCGUGACGCCCCCGGGCGCGAGCUCGACCCGCUCCUCGACGAGGUCGGCCCGCGGCUGCGGUCGCUCCGGCUGAUGAACUACAGCUUGCGCGCGACCAAGGUCCUCGAGCGGUGCCCGAACCUCGAAGAGUUUGUGCUGGUGCAGCUCUCGACGCUUUUUGGGUUGGAGAACUUGCCAAAGACGCUGGAGCAUCUGAGCUGCAGGAACUUGCCGUCGGAGCCGCAGAGCCUGAGUUCGGUGAUUCGCGCGGUGGGCUCGUUGCCGCAGUUAAAGGUGGUGACGUGCGAUCGGAUGGCGAGGUCGGAUGAGCGGUUCGAGGAGCUGGAAAGGUUGUGUGGGGAGAAGGGGGUGGAGUUGUUCGUGGAUGAGACGCCGUUUUGGGUGAGGGACGACCCUGUGCGGGUCAAUCGCUUCCCCAAGAGGAAGUCGGUGGCCAACUUCGCCCACAUGAACUGAAUAGGAGCUGGGAGACGGCAUUGUUUGUAGAAUGUGUUGCGUGCAGGGACCAGAGCGAGUGAACAAGGAAUGCCGGGUUGGGCGGGAGAUCUUCACGACGAUAUAUGGAGCAUAGCAGUGUACAACAGAUUGUGUGCAAUGAUACACUCAACGACGUUUCGCCAUUUGCAUAGUCAGGUUGUCAAUGUACAUCUGCAAAGUCUCGUUGCCUGAUGCGAGCUUGUCAACGUCCGCCUGAACGCUCUUCGCCUUGGAAAUCAUGGCGCGCAGGUCUUCCUGAGCAGCAACAAUCUCCUUGAUCAACUUCUCCUUCUUUAUCGCGGUAGUAACGAUAUCUUCAGAAGAAGGAGCAGGCACACCCCAUGCAGGGGUCGUAUCCUCAAAACCAGCGAAGGACAUAGCAGGUCGUCAAGGUC